UCAGAUGAUUUGAACAAUGUUUAAGUUUUUUGUCAACUCUGAGGUUUUUGAAAACCUCCUCCUUCCAGGGAGACUUGGAGCUAAUUUUACAUUUGACGGGAUACGAAGAAUUCAAUCCGUCCUGCUCCGGGGGAAUUUAAACCAGAUUACUGAAGAUUAUUUUGUUAAACUGUGUUCGGAGCACUGUGAUUUAUACCAAGAGAAUUCUCGGGCCUUAUUCAUCUGUACUCAUCGUUUUUUUAACAGAAAUGAAGGAGAAGAAGAAAUCAGCACAAAUCUUCUUCUCUUCUCUCUGUUUCUCCAACUUUUUGAAGUUUACACCAAAAGACUGACUAGAUCUCGCUCAGUUGACCGAUUAUCCACCGAGCGCUGGCCUGGCAAACCUGAGUUGGAUGAGCAGAGAAAACAUCACAAGACUUACGACGAAGAUCUUCAUGUUCAGUUUUAUCAAGAACGGAUUAAAGAUCUUUGGGAAAUUCUAUGUCUCAAAGACGACCUGAAGGACCGUAACAGAGUGUGGGAUACUGCCUUCACUGUGUUAAAAAAUGAUGAAAAAAUAUUGUUCCCAGAAGUUUUGAAAACAAUCCCACCAGAAGAAAUCAUUUUAACCAUUCAAAAACACUUAAAAACAACACGUGAGGGAGUUCUAGCAUGUAUUAAAACUGAUGGGAAAAGAAUAUCUUGGCCUCUUGGUGAAAUCAAGCCGCCCAAGAAGAUAGAGAAACCAAAAAUGGCGACCAAUGCGCACGUGCUAAUGCCGCGUAAACUGAUUGUGAUUAGCAAGCUUUUAUACAAAACAGUUGCAAGACGUUCAAGCACUUUGGUCGGGGCACAUGUUAAAAUCCACAGGUGUAAUAAUUCCUUUCUGUAUCUUCUCUCCCCUCUAAUGUCCUUAACAAUCACUAAGUGCGUGAAUACAACUAUUGUAACGGGACCUGUUCAUGAAAUCCUAAGGGUUCAAGGCUGUAGUGGCCUCAACCUCAUGUCUCUGGCCUCCCUGGUCCUUGUCGGAGAGACCUGGGACUCUAGCCUCUACAUGAGAACGGAGAAGAGACCAAUAAUUGAUAGAAGAACCUCGGGCAACCUCGGUCUUUAUCCGUACAAUGUUAACUACGUUGGUCUAGAUUCCGAUUUAAAGAGUUGGCGAGGAAAAUCUAGGUUGGAUUUCUACCCUACUCCUCUUCUCAUAAACCCUGAAGGAACAAACUCCGUUCUAGUUCCACAGAAUUCAAUCCAGUUCUCUCAGUUCUUCAUCCCUUUCUUAAACCUUAACAUCAAAUCUUUAACAGAACUUCCAGAUGAAUUCCGAUGUGAACUAGAGAAGAGAGAAGAACCAGUGAAAGCUUGGAAAGUUUUUCUAGAAUCUCAGGAUUUGACCUCUGAAGAGACUGAUCUUGUUGAUUCUGAAGUAAAUGAUGAAUUCAAAAAAUGGUUACAAACAAAUAACGCAGAAAUAAAGGGGCUAGAAUCCCUAGCUAACAACAUGAAGAUCUAAAACUCUAAAUCUUCAAUGAUCAACAACAUCAAUCUUCAGUGAUCAUUAACAACAACAUGAAGAUCAAAAAUUCUUAUUAUUCAGUGAACAACAACAACAACAUGAAGAUCUAAAAUUCUUAAUCUUCAAUGAUCAUUAACAACAACAUGAAGAUCUAAAAUUUUUAAUCUUCUGUGAUCAUCAACAACAGCAUGAAGAUUGUGAUCAAUAUCAACAACAUGAAGACCUAAAAUUUUUAAUCUUCAGUGAUCAUUAACAACAACAUGAAGAUCUAAAAUUCUUAAUCUUCCGUGAUCAAUAUCAAGAAUAUGAAGAUCUAAAAUUCUUAAUCUUCAAUGAUCAACAACAACAGCAAUAUGAAGAUCUAAAACUCUCAAUCUUUAGUGAUCCUUAACAACAACAACAUUAAUAAAAUUCUUUUGAGCUUAAAUACUCGGAACAGAAAAGAUCUAAGCCUCAAGAUCCUCAAUGCACUGGUGACUGAAAAUUUAAGAUCUCUAAAUUCUGCUUUUUUUUAUCAAACAAUAGUCUUUGUAAGGAGAAUGAGCCAUUUAAACGAAAGUGAUAAUUACAGACUGUAUAGUCUUUAGUCUAAAUAUUUUGAUCUCUUGAUAAAAUAAUGAUAAAUUUUACUUUUUAGUAUUAUAAUUAUAAAUUAGUUAAAAAG